AGGCCCUUGUUUUUUCCGUAAUUCACGGAUAUAAUGUUAAUCAAAAACAAUAAUGGAAAUCAAUCCUUUGAGCGUUAUUCUUGUAAAGAGCGACAGCAAGGGCGAUCGUAUUCUUUUUCGUUAUCCUUAUGCUACAAAUCAUCAGCGAGAUGCCAGACAGUGUCAGAAGAAAAAAAAUCCUUACUCCAUGAUUAUUGCUGAGGAUACAUUGCAGUCCAUAGCAUAUCCAAAUCAAUUCAGUGAGAAUCUCACUGGAUUACCAGAUGAUGUUUUGUCAACGCUCUUUGCUGUAAAACCAGAGUUGUGUGAGUUAAAAUUUGAAUUAAAAGUUAAUGAAGUAAGAUUCGUAGGUCACCCAACUCUGUUACCAUCUCGAGGUUUGAAAGAAGUUAAUUCUUCGAUGCUUUUUAAUGUUGUAUUUGCAUUACAAGCCCAAGCUAGUCACGCUGUGGUUAAAUGCUAUUAUGAUUUGAGCAAAAGAUUAGGAAUUGCUCUGAGGCAUGAAGAAAAAAGGUGUGGUUAUUUAUCAGAUGAAAUUAAAAUAAUGGUUUCUGCACAUGAUGAAGUUGCUGCUAGGUCUGAAGAAGAAAGUGACUGUUAUGAGUCAACUUAUGAGACAAUUUUACAGAAAAGCUUUCUUGCAAAGGAUUUAAAAUCAAUCUUCAACAGUUUAAGUACCUCUGGCAUAAUUAACAUUAUGAUCGACAAAUGGAUACAAGUGAGCUUUUGUCUACCACAAAAAGUACAUCAAUCGCACAAGGAAGGCUUUGUAGUGGAUCCUGAAAUCAUUGACAGGUGCUUAGAUAAUCUGAGACCUUAUCAUGGAUUACUACUUUUAGCUGAGCCCAUGGAUCUGCUAGAAUCGUUACCAACAGAUCAUUCACCUGCGCUAUAUCGUCUUAUACAAAUGUACAGUCCAUUAAAGAGCCUGCAAACCUUAGCUGCCGACUCUGACUUGACAUUAUCCCAAAUUUUUCAAUUAACUGGCCAUUUAGUCUACUGGGCCAAGGCUACAAUCAUCUAUCCUUUGUGUGAGAAUAAUGUUUAUGUAGUUUCUCCUGAUGCAGUAUUAACAAGUCGCAUGUUAGAGGCAUUUUCUGAACAAUUUCCAGGAAUGUGCUUAUUGCAGGUUAUUAGUGAAUUUUCUUUACCAACUUCAAUAAGUCAAAAAUUAAAUCCCUUAAAUCAGCCUCAGCAACAAUCACAAUUAGUUAAGAUUAUAAUUUGGCUUCUGAAGAAUCAUUUCCUGCUCCAAUUACAUACGUAUGUUCAGUACAUGCCAACAGUUCACGGACGCGCAUCUGUUAACAAUCAAGAUGCUAGCAACGGUCCAUCAAAUGACAUACCGAGUAACGGUUCUGUUGGAGUAAUGGAAAGCAGUACUUGGAGCUUUACAGAAACAUCCAAGGCUUCUGUUGAUUCCGAAAAAGACAUAAAUUUAGACAAAACAGACGAAUUGUAUUUGUACCAGUCUGACGAUUACCCAUCUGAUGAUGUAAUUUUAUUGGAGAGAUUAUGUCGAAUGGGCUACUUCAAGGGUGGACAUCACUUGGAGGAGAUAAUGUACUUGGAAAACAUUCGGCGCUCCCAGUUAUUGCAGAUACUCGAUAAAUUUAGAGACGUGUUGAUCACAUGUGAAAACGAAGAUCCAGCAAUGGCCCUUUUUUAUUCUCAGCCGGCUUCCCGGUAGUAACAGCUUUAAAUACUAGUUAAGUCGACAAGUUUAUUUAUUGAUACAUUGUAAAUACUAUUUAUACAUGCUGUAAAAUUGUUAUCGUUAAAAUUUAUCCGUAUUUUUGUACACAUUGAAUGAAUUUAUCUGAAGCAAAACACACAACCAAAUAAAUAAUUUUACAAAUUA